GUGUGCAUGUAAUAGAUUGGCACACUGUAAAUGUCAGGGCUUAUGCGAUGUGCACUUGGUAUUUGAUUCAAUUCAUAUUAACAUCAGAAUCUUGCAUUUUUAUAAACAUUGGUUCAAUGGAACAAUUAUCAAGUUUCCGUGCGGGCUCUGUAAUAUGCAUUUGAGCAGAGCUGACCAAAGAUUCUUCAAUUGUUUUUCCAUGAUGGCUCUAUGGCAUGCCAUAUCCUUGCUUGCUGUUUGUGGACUUAUUAAGUGCAAUGACAGUAUGUGCAAUGUGACCUGCACCACAGACUUCAUCUCUAUGCUUAACUGCUCUAAUUCUGACUUGGCAGGAACAGCAUCAUGUGUCAUUUUUGCAGAUUGCAGGGAUGAAUACAAUGUUGUAAAUGCGAGCUGCGGUAUCAAAUCACCACAAUCUUGGUGCACAAUGGAGUUAAAAGAUCACGAAAUAAUAAUGACCUAUGAUGCCACCUGCAAUAUAACAAUAACACAAAUGACCCAACAAGGAGGGAUAGAGAGCCCAUCAAAUCUCCACUCAAAGAACAUGGUUCUCUACAAAUCUAUUAAGCUUAAGAAGCCUUUCAAUUUAAGGAUUGAAGAAUUUGAUAUGGGUUUCAAUCUCACUUGGGAAGUGGCUUAUGCAGAGCAUGAGCUCUACGAACACUUUUACUACAGAGUACGAUUGCGAACUAAAGGUGACCUGGAGGAGAAGGAAAACAUUUAUGUUCUGCAACAGAACCAACAAUCCAUGGUUAUUAUCAGUGAAAGCCUCUUGCCAGGGAGGCAUUAUGUGGCAGAUAUCCAGGUCGCAGUGCAUUCUAGCUGGGUUAAAUCCAUGUGGAGUGAUUGGAGCAACAGUGUUGAAUGGACAUCUGAUGCUCCUGGGUCAGAACAGUACUAUUUCCUGUUGUUGAUGGCAGUCCCUGUUGUGAUGAUGGUGGUUCUCGUGUACAGUGGUAAAUUAGGGGGCAUCAAAAAGCUGUCUUUAUGGCAACAUAUUCCAAGUCCUCAUGACUACUUCAAACCACUCUACCAUACAUAUCAAGGAGACUUUAAGAAAUGGGUAGGGCCAGUGCUGACCUUCAAUAACUAUGAUGUCCUUGAGAAGAGCGCAACUCUGCAGGUACUUUGUGACAAGCAGCAGAGUGACAGCUCAGAGGAGUCUGGUAACCAUAGGAACAGUCAGCGAGACUCCAGCCCGUUCAGUCUGGCAAGUCAAAACUCAUCUAAAAUUUACUUCCUUGGAAGCAAUAGUCAUGGUGUCACACACUCCGGCGGCCACAUAUCAAUGGACACCGUUACUGUAUCUGAUCAAGAGGGCAUCAUGGCCGACUGGUCCGGUGAGAGUCAUAGACAUAGCCUGGAGGACUUCCUCAACUCCAAAGAAGGCAAUCAGAUAUUGUUUGAGGUCGCUGAUGGGCAGCCUGGGGCUCUAGGGCCUGAUGGGAGGGGAAGUUUACAAGCUUUAGACUGUGAUGAUUGGCAUCUACAAGAGCAUGACCUAGAGAACAUUGAACAGGUCUCUCUGGACUCUUAUAGUUCUAAUGAGCAAUCUGAUGAUGGUUACCCUCAAAUGGGAUUGGAUUUAGACACCAUAGACAGUGGCUUUCUGGAGUCGGACUGUUCUAGCCCCUCAGCAUUUGAUGGUAACGAACAAAUAGAGACUUCCACUCUGGACGGCGUGGAGCGCUCUCAUUCAAAUUAUGUCAAACAGUGGGUGGCUUUUACUGCAGUCCAAGUUGAUACCCAAAGCACUGGAAAGUAGCCACUACACCAAAUGGAACCAAUCAGCCAAAACUGAAUAAUAAACUGUACAACAUGGAAGCUUGUACAUAUAAGGCUGAAGACAUUACUGUUUGGUCCUAAUUUGCACAUAAGAAAGGCACAGUUUUGGCAUGUGAGCUGUUUCGUCUUUCAAUGAACUGUAUUUGUGGUCAAUUCUGCAAAAAUUGCAAACUUGUAUAAACAUUUAUUUUGACCAUCAUACUAGACAAAAGCAGAGGUGUAAAAUGGCAGUUUUAAAAUGUAUGAACCUAAACGUAAUUAUGUUGAAAUGUUGAAUUUAGCGACAUGCUAGCACAUACAAACACAAAGAGUAUGCAACAAUAAUAAUAUGAUCACACGGAAAAUCGACCUGUUGCUUCAGAAUGUUCAUGUAUCCUGAAAUAAAGGAUACAUCCUAAAGGUUGGUGUGAUGAGUCUGGCAACAAAAGUUGUCUGUGGUGUCAAGACGCAGUUUUAUGAUAUGGUAGUAUGACCCAAUAUUUCCGUACUAUCUUAUACUAAAAAGUAUGUACUUUUCCAGAACCAGCGUAGUGGAAUUAUUUGAAUUGAGAUUGAAAUUGUUGUACUAAUUAUCAAUUCAGGUUAGACUGAGGGUUGAAUUCACUAGACAAUUGUGCCAGUUGUCCAAAUAGGGAAAACCUAAAAAACUCUUCUUCUCCUGCUACACAUAUGUAGAAUUGAUGUCUUUGAAAACGUUACUUAGCAAAAAUGAAUACGAUACAAAAUGGCUGAAAGGGGCGUGUUUAUGUAAAUGUCCACAUUUUAUCAAUAUAUAUGUGUCAAUAAAUCAAAUAUAAUUUUGACUGAUGGUUUUUCAAACCUAACAUGCUUCAAGAUGACAUCACUCACAUCACUGGAACCCACAAACCAAUAAUGGCCAAAAUUUGCCCUUAGGGGGAGCUACAGGCCACACCGAAAAGAGCCAUUUUCUGGUCAAAAACAUUCUAAUUGUGUACAUUGAUACUACAGGCCUAUAGGAAACCCCACCCCAAGAAUGGCCCACAUUCGCCCUUAGGGGGCGCUACAAGCCAUGCCCAAAUGUCCUAUUUUCAAAGUGAUGUCAUUUCCACCCUAUUUAUUCAAUUCUUCUGAAAUUUUAUGUACAUACCUCAUUUCUCAUUGGAUACAA